AUGAGCAUACGCCGGGGGAACAUGCGCGUGCAACUCAACAGGCCACCUCCGUGUGCUCUUCCUCACGCCCUGGGCUCUGAGCGGCUUCACCCACCUGGACCAGCGGUUGAGGAGGUGAGGAAGGGUGAGAAGGGUUGUAAUAGAUGCCUCUCCCUAUCCCACUCAACUCCUUCCUCUGCCGUUCCGUCUUCUCUAACAACUGCGCCUCCCAACUGCCCUCAACCCGCCCCUUUCUCUUCCCCUCUGCCAUCCUUGCUUUCCAGCCCCAAUCUCCUCCAACCAAACUCUCGCCAACCCCUGAACCUAAAAUUGGGUGCAGUGGAAGCAGCAGGGUGCAGCAAGACACGAGGCAGCAACGGUAUCGCUGCAGACAGAAUUGCUCUUGCUGGUUGGGGCAGAGCCAUGCUGGCAGCACAUGGGGAGGAGACUGCAGGAGUGGCAGCAGCAGCAGGCAUGGCAGCAGGGUAA